AUGGCACAGUUCUGUUCAGCAGAACGUUUCAGCGAUUCUUCAAAGCUAUGGACCAAUCUUUACUUCCCAAGUGAGGCGGAUUUCUUCCUUGGUGGAAAUCUGGCGCCAACAUGGGUGAUUCGACCGGGAUGUAUCGUUGGUUCGUCUGAUAAUGACGUUUUACCGUUUGGAUUUGAGGAUGAGAUUAGAAUUAAGGAUAGAGGGUUGAUUAUUCCGAGGUGCGAUCAAAUUAAGAUUCUUUCGAAUCGAGCCGUCGGAGGGUUCUUGACGCAUAACGGUUGGAAUUCGACGGUGGAGAGCAUGUGGUGUGGGGUUCCGAUGAUCUGCUAUCCUAUAGACUUCGAUCAAGUUACGAAUCGGAAACUAGAGGUUGAUGAUUGGAAGAUUGGGAUUAACCUUUGUGAUAAUUAUGUAAUUAAAUCAUUUCUUGAUAGGAAAGAAGUUGCUGAGAAGAUUAAAAGCUUAAUGAGUGGAACUAUUUCAGAGAGAUUGCGGCAACAAGUUGACAAUGUAAAGAAGAUGUUGCGAAACGCAGUCGAAAUUGAUGGAUCGUCCGAGAGAAACUUUGUUCAAUUUAUCGACGAUUUGAGGGCGAAAAUUAUUCGGACAGCUUCUAAUGUCGUUAGACAAUGA